GCUCCCCAUAUGCAAAUGGACCCAGACCCAGACAGCUGCUCCCUGGGCCUCCAACUCUAAGCCCCGUCUUCCCUCUCCCAGCUUGGCCAAGACGUAGGGCCGCCUGAUCCCUCGGGUUCCAGCCUUCACAACCCCAGCAGGACCCUGUGAGUCAUGGGGGCAAGGAGUGGGCCAAAUCCCAGAUGGAAGCCAGGUCGGGGUUGAGCCCCACUUCCCACCCUUUGUCCACUCAAAGCAGGGGCCACCCUGUCCAGUCUUUUUCUCUGGAUCCCCUGUACCUUCCCCGCCCCCAGAUCAGACCCAGGGGCAGCUGGUUGGGGUUUGUUGAGAAGAAGGAUUAUCCAGAUCAGUCCCAUCUAAUCUCAGCUCCUGCCUGUACCCUCCCCAUAUUCACCUGAACCUCCUUCCCCGCAACCCUGAACUUAGGGACGAAAUCUUGGGUGUUGAUAAUGGGCUACCUCUCACCCUCAUAUUCUGGCUCCUGGGCUGGUUGCUAGGCACGCCCUGACUGCCACGAUCAUCAGCAUUGGUGGGGGCUGGGGCGGGGGGUGGGGGCACUGGGCUGUGGUUGCUUCUCUUCUGUACCCCUCCCAAACCCCAACCUUUAAUCCUCACAGCUUUGCUCUAAUCCCAAGGGGCCUGAUGCUCUUAUCUCUGCCUACAGGGAGACUGGCCAGGGAAGCACCCCCUUCCACCCCUCCUCCCCCCGGGGCUUGUGGGGGGCUGCUCCUCUCUAUAGCCCCAAACUCUUGCUCCCACCUAAGCCCCCCCCCACCGCCCCGGGCUGGGCCCAAGUCUGUCUGGAAGCCACACACCUCCCUUCCUGCCCUCUCUCGCUCCCUGCCUCGGCCCCCGCCGUUGCCAGCUGAUUUCAUUUGCCUGAUGUUGUCGUCGUUGGCCCUACCUUCUCUGUCAGUGCCCCCCCCAACCCCCCCGGAGCUGGGGCCAGGCCAGGCCAGCUCCUCUGGCAGCAGAGCCGGGGCAGGUGACGGGCUGGCGUCGCAGCUGAGGGAGUAGAGAGGCGCCUGGGCACCGGAGCUGGAAACCCAGGAGAGGUCCAGUCAGAGUCCAAGAGCCGGAACUACCCCUCAACCUGUCAGCCAUGGGGGAGAUGGAGCAGCUGCGGCAGGAAGCAGAGCAGCUCAAGAAGCAGAUUGCAGUAACCUCACAACUCUCCCACUGGGGGACCCCAGAAAACAUGGAACCCAGGACAUGAGGGAGUGUGGACCAGGGUGGUGGGUGGGGGCAGGAAGGAGGCCGGCUUUGCUCUUGAGUGAAACCUUAGAGACCCCUGACCUGGCAGGGACCAGAGACUUCCUGAACUUGGAUCUCAUAUUUGAGGUGCCCCCCAAACCCUAGAGCCCCAAGCCCACCUACCUCAGAGGCCCAUGCACCCACUACCCCCACCUUGCCCUUAUGACCCCCUGAUGACUGCUUUGCCCCCCCAGGAUGCCCGGAAAGCCUGUGCGGACAUUACUCUGGCAGAGCUGGUGUCGGGCCUCGAGGUCGUGGGAAGAGUCCAGAUGCGGACGCGGCGGACGUUAAGGGGACACCUGGCCAAGAUCUAUGCCAUGCACUGGGCCACCGACUCCAAGCUGCUGGUAAGUGCCUCGCAAGACGGGAAGCUGAUCGUUUGGGACACCUAUACCACCAAUAAGGUGCACGCCAUCCCGCUGCGCUCCUCCUGGGUCAUGACGUGUGCCUAUGCCCCAUCAGGGAACUUUGUGGCAUGUGGGGGGCUGGACAACAUGUGCUCCAUCUACAGCCUCAAGUCCCGUGAGGGCAAUGUCAAGGUCAGCCGGGAGCUCUCUGCUCACACAGGUUAUCUCUCCUGCUGCCGCUUCCUGGAUGACAACAACAUCGUGACCAGCUCCGGGGACACCACUUGUGCUCUGUGGGAUAUCGAGACUGGGCAGCAGAAGACCGUGUUUGUGGGGCACACAGGGGACUGCAUGAGUCUGGCCGUCUCUCCUGACUUCAAACUCUUCAUUUCGGGCGCUUGUGACGCCAGCGCUAAGCUCUGGGACGUGCGGGAGGGAACCUGUCGGCAGACUUUCACUGGCCACGAGUCGGACAUCAACGCUAUCUGCUUCUUCCCCAACGGAGAGGCCAUCUGCACAGGCUCGGACGACGCCUCCUGCCGCCUGUUUGACCUGCGGGCAGACCAGGAGCUGACUGCCUACUCCCAUGAGAGCAUCAUCUGUGGUAUCACAUCCGUGGCCUUCUCCCUCAGCGGCCGUCUGCUCUUUGCAGGCUACGACGACUUCAAUUGCAACAUCUGGGACUCCAUGAAGUGCGAGCGUGUGGGCAUCCUUUCUGGCCAUGACAACAGGGUCAGCUGCCUGGGAGUCACAGCUGAUGGGAUGGCUGUGGCCACUGGCUCCUGGGACAGCUUCCUCAAAGUCUGGAACUAAGGAGGCUGGAGGAGGGGAGGUAAAAGGCCAUGAAGACACUCAGUUGCCCCCUCCCCUGCCCAAUUUUCUUUUAAGAUUUCUUUUAAGGUUUUCUUCUUCUACACCCCAGCUGCCACUCCCACCCAGCUUUGUCCUUUGAGGGCAGCAGGGAAAACGGGGGUAUGCCUAUGGGAGGCAGCAGCAGGGACAAAGGGGCAAAGAACUGCCCCAUCUCCUUCCAUAGCCUCCCCUCUCCAUCGUCCUGCAGCUUCUUCCUCACUGGGCAAGGACAACUGACCUCUCCCCUAGCCCUUGGCAGGCCUACCAGGCUUCCAGUCUGAGGCCCCAGGCCCUGGAAUUCCUCCCCCAGAGCCACUACCUUUGUCCAGACCUGGGUGGCAGAGGGUGCUCCAUCCUGUGACUAUGGCUCUGGCACCACUAGGAUCCUGGCCCCUUUCUUCAUGAUUUCUCCCCUUUCUACCUUCUUUAUUUCCCUCCUAAAGGACCUGCAAUAAAGUGUAGUGCCCCGGUAUGUCUGUGAUGUUUGGCUUCUG